AUGCUGAGUGUCCCCUACAUUGAGACCAGUGCGCUGGAUGGAACCAAUGUCUCCAAAGCCGUGGACAUGCUUCUAGAUCUGGUUAUGAAGCGAAUAGAAGCCUCAGUGACCAAAUCACGAAUCCACAAAGCCUGCGUGGAUGAUAAGAAUACAGUGAAGCUCGACAACAAACAGAAACAAGAAAAGAAGUGCGCAUGUUGA